AUGUCUUUGGAGGUUUGGAGCUUUAGGCUAUCUAUCCGUCUCAACGGCCAGAUCCUCCGUCGCCCGCCGGGCCGGAGACGAUUUCGACUUUGGCGACACGCCCUCGCCGGCGCCAAAGACUGCCAGCAAGGUAGGAGGACCUACGAUGACGAUGACGAUGAGGACGACUAUGAUGAUGAGUUGCGCCGGGACGAACCGGUGGACUCUGGAAGUGUCGCCACCAUCGUGAGCUUCGCGCUACUUGCUGUGACGAGCCUCGGACAACGACCAAUAACCUGGCGAGCAGAGCAGUCCGAGGGCGAUCGGAUUUCUGGUCUUCCAGGCGAUAUCCCGCAGGAUCUUGUGAAUCAGCAAAAUGCGGCAUUCUCUGGGAGCAACGACUCCCCUCAGAUCAAAAAGGUUCAGGCCGUGUUUGACACGUACUAUGCAGAAGGUGAGACCGUGCAGUAGCGGAUUGGUUGCUGAGUGCCCCUCACGUGGGUGCUGGGACAGUCGGACAUCGAGUGAAUCCUUUCAAGGAGCAGUGCGACGAAAAAGAGUCGUAAGCGCUGCGGCCAAAUAGUUUAUUUACAAAAUGGUUGUGAUGGUUCGAAAGGCCACAAGAUGGGAAUGCCGCCAUCGAAAAAAG